GCGAAAGUUCAAUUCCUAUCGCCCUCUGCUUCCUCCUCCUUCGCUUUGAACCUCUGCCUCUGCUUCUUCUUCUUCUCCUUCUCCUUCUCCUCUGUUCGCCCCAACAAUCUCGAGAAGGGAAGGGAGAUGGCUGCGGAUGUCAGCUCCACGGUCGGGUACAUGAGCGGGUUCAGUAAGGAGGAGGGCAAGCACGUCAGGGGAGGCGGAGGUGGUGGCGGGAACGAGAAGCCGGCGGCGCUCGUCACGCGCGACUUGCUCGGCGGGCUGCACGAGAUCGAGUCUCGCGAGCUCGACCUCGACUUGCAGGUGCCCGCGGGCUGGGAGAAGCGUCUCGAUUUGAAGUCAGGAAAAAUCUACAUUCAAAGGUGCAAUUCACUGAGUUCGUUGUCUUCGUCUGAUCCCAAGCGCCAAGCCGACCAAAGGCUCGCCAAGCUCCAAGACUUGAACUUCCCGCCCUCACCAUCGAAACCCUUGCUGAACCUCUUUGAUGAUGCUUGCUUAGACUUGAAGUUGAUGUCGUCGCCGUCAUUGCCUUCGUCCUGCAGCUACCAGAGUGUGUGCACUCUCGACAAAGUAAAGUCGGCUCUAGAGAAAGCAGAGCGAGAACCAAUCAAGAAGUGCGUGCCGCCCUAUUGGAGAUCAUCGCCAUCAUCUUCGUUAUCGCCUUCUAAUUCGUCCUCAUCGUCUUCAAUCAGAGAAAAGCACCGAGAGGCGAACGACGACAAUGUGUCGCCAACCACAGUGGCUGCAGGAUGCCCGAGUUGCUUGCUCUAUGUGUUGAUCUCGACGAGCAAUCCAAAGUGCCCGAGUUGCGAUAUGAUGGUACCAUUGCCGGGCUUAAAGAGACCUCGGAUCGAUCUCAACAUGUCAAUAUGAGGAGGAUCGUGUUCUCGAGGUUUAAAAUUGUAAAUGAUGGACGAGAUGGGUCUUCUUUAGAUAUAUUUGUUUAUGUUUAGUGGGAGGUUAGUGCAGUAGCGCCUGUAAAUUUAGCCUCUGAGCAUGUGCUGCUUAGCAUGGGUGAUAGGAUUUCAUAAUAGAGCGAGUGUUUAUUCAGACUCUUUUUCCUUUCCUUUCUUUUUUUUAAUUUGGAACUCGUUAUACAUAAUGUUGUAUCAAUGUAUAAGUGCAUAGUAAGUUGCCGCGAAUUUCACAACGGUGCGGUUAAUUUCUGAAUGGGAGGAGACGAAAGAAAGUUGUACUUGUUCAUUCUAGGGUGAGAUCACUGGGAUGACUUUCAA